AUCCCCUCAAUCAAAGGCGGAGACACCAACGUUCGAUUGAGUGCAUUACAUCCCUCUUUUCAUUAUUACUAACUACUUUUGCCAUUGCCAUAGCCAUAGCCAUCCAUUGCUUCUCAUCACGACGUAACUGUUCGUCUUUCGACUCCAUCUUCUUCCUCCCUGCAGUUAAAGGUCUGCAGUAAUUGCAGUAGUCUCCUCAGUUUCUUCACCCUACGGAUGGUCUCUUUCUUGAUGGGCAGAUGCUCCGUUCCUGAAACCGAUACGGCUAGUCUCCUCUGGCACGUUCGUCUUCGGCUUCAGUAGGUUCCCCGCAUUGUCACUAGUCUUCAUAGGGGAGGAGAAGAGCAGAGGUGGUGGGGGAAGACACCAAAGAAAUGCCGCAAGAAGGCAACUCCAACUGCCCGAGCUUCACCUCGCCUGCCAAGAACUUCAGGGGAUUCAAGGCUCUGGCCUCUAGCGACUACUCGGAGGAGACCAUCAAUGACAAUGAACUCGCCCUGCGAAAAGCCGAAGAAGCAGCUUCAAGGAGGUAUCAAGCCGCAGAAUGGCUGCGGCAAAUGGACCAGGGCGCCUUAGGGACACUGCCCAAAGAGCCCUCUGAGGAGGACUUUUGCCUUGCCCUCCGGAACGGCCUCGUCCUUUGCAAUGUCCUCAACAAAGUCAAUCCCGGCGCCAUCCACAAGGUGGUGGAAAGUCCGAUUUUGGAUGUACAAUCAACUGAGGGGCCAGCACAUUCCGCGAUUCAGUACUUUGAGAACAUGAGGAACUUCCUUGUUGCUGUGAAGGAUAUGAAGCUGUUGACCUUUGAAGCAUCUGAUCUGGAGAAGGGUGGCUCAUCAAACAAAGUUGUGGAUUGCAUUCUCUGCUUAAAAGGAUACUAUGAGUGGAAGCAGGCGGGUGGGAUAGGGGUUUGGAGGUACGGGGGCACUGUGAGGAUCACUUCCUUCCCAAAGAGCUCAUCGUCUUCCCUGGUUGGCAGCGAAAGUGCCGAUGAGUCAAUAGAUGAAUCGGAAUCAUCGCAGUAUGAUCAGCUGCUUGACUUCAUCCAUUUCUCAAAUGAAGUCUCAACCGAAGAGUCCAAAAUUGCCAAUGUUCUGACUUUCCUUUUCGAUCAUUUCGGGCUCGGGCUUCUGCAGGCUUACCUCAGGGAGAGCGACGGGCUCGACGAUUUACCUCUGAAUGCAAUGGUCAUUGAUGCUUUACUCAGUAAGGUUGUGAAAGAUUUCUCAGGGUUGCUUGUCUCGCAAGGCACUCAGCUUGCCAUGUUCAUGAAGAAGAUUCUGAAAGGCGAGCGGGGAAUGCUGUCAAAAUCUCAAUUUAUGGAGGCAAUCUCACAGUAUCUCCGGCAAAGGACGAGCAUGGCAUCUAGCGACUUCUCGGAAUUUUGUACUUGUGGUGGAAAACGUGAGGUUGUACGGCCUAGUCUUAUUAGCCGAUGCGAACACGCUGACCUGCUUCAUUUUCAGAGUAAACAGCUUGAGGAGCUCAGGUUCUAUUAUCAAGAGACGAAGCUCGAGGUCAGAGAUAUUCAUUCAAAUUGGGAAGAAGAUCUCAGACGACUCAAUCAUCACGUGAAGAGCCUUGAAGUUGCAUCAUCUUCUUACCACAAGGUCUUGGAGGAAAACCGAAUGUUGUAUAAUCAGGUCCAGGACCUUAAAGGAACAAUUCGCGUGUACUGUCGCGUGCGGCCUUUCCUCCCGGGGCAGUCAAACAGGCAAUCGGUUGUGGACUACAUAGGAGAGACUGGAAACAUCAUGAUCGUGAACCCUUUCAAGCAGGGAAAGGAUGCCAGAAAGGUUUUCACGUUUAAUAAAGUGUUCGGGGCGAAUGCUACACAAGAGCAAAUAUAUGUCGACACUCAACCGCUGGUGCGGUCUAUUCUCGACGGUUACAAUGUCUGCAUUUUUGCAUACGGACAGACAGGCUCAGGGAAGACAUAUACAAUGAGUGGGCCUGACCUGACCUCCGAGGAUACGUGGGGCGUAAACUAUCGAGCCCUCAGGGACCUGUUCCACUUAUCAAAGGUGAGAUUAGAUGUGAUAAAAUACGAUGUUGCAGUUCAAAUGAUUGAGAUAUACAACGAACAAGUCAGAGAUCUGUUGGUCAGUGAUGGAUCCAGCAGAAGAUUAGAUAUAAGAAACAGCCCCCAGCUAAAUGGACUCAAUGUUCCUGAUGCGAGUCUUGUCCCAGUAACAUGUACCCAAGAUGUGCUUGAGUGGAUGAAGAUCGGCCAGAGCAAUCGUGCUGUGGGGGCUACCGCUUUAAAUGAGAGGAGUAGCCGCUCUCACAGUGUAUUAACAGUUCAUGUUCAAGGAAAAGAGUUGGUCUCAGGAUCCAUCCUCAGGGGUUGCCUUCAUCUCGUGGACUUAGCCGGGAGUGAGAGGGUAGACAAGUCCGAGGCAGUCGGCGAGAGACUGAAGGAAGCUCAGCACAUUAACAGAUCACUCUCUGCACUCGGGGAUGUCAUCUCGGCUCUCGCACAAAAGAGUUCACAUAUUCCAUACAGGAAUAGCAAGCUUACUCAAGUGCUGCAGGAGUCCUUGGGGGGACAAGCGAAGACGUUAAUGUUUGUCCACAUAAAUCCUGAAGUUAAUGCACUUGGAGAGACCAUCAGCACUCUCAAGUUUGCAGAGAGGGUUGCCUCCAUAGAACUUGGAGCUGCUCGAUCCAAUAAAGAAACCGGCGAAAUCCGGGAACUCAAAGAUGAGAUUUCAAAUUUAAAGCUGGCACUGGAACGGAAAGAGGCGGAAUUGGAACAAGCAAAAGCGGGAACUGCUCGGAGUGCUAUGGAACAGCAGAAGGCAAGAGCAGUUUCACCUUUCCGCCUGCCUAAGUAUAGUUCCAACGGCAGUUUAAAGCCUGAAAAUGGUCAGAGACCAAUUGAUGAUGCUAAAAGCUCUGAGCUUCAAGUGAGAAGUUGCUCUUCGGGUAAGCAGAGGAAGUCAAGGCUGCCUGCUGCCUCGGACAAGGAUGGAGCCCAGAAGCCGAGGUCGCCAUCCCCUCCUGUUAGGAGAUCAAUAUCCACUGAUAGAGGUUCCACCAUUAAAACAAGGGUCAAGGCCGAGACAGUAGAGAACCCACCAAUUGCAAGAGUGCCCUUCCCAGCAAGAGUACCUGUCAGCAGAUCCGUCACCUCAACACUGCCGUCAAUCACACCAGCACCAGCAGAUAACAGCUUGUCGAAAGUCCAUCUGACCCCGCAAGAACUGCCAAAGCAGGAUGACAUGUUCGAUUGGUUCCUUAGCCUCCAGAACAGCAAGAAAAUUCACCAAGAACGCGAAGAUGAGCAGCUCAGGCAGGCCCUGAACAUUAGGCAAGGUGGCAUUCGGAAAAGCAAGCCUGAGAGCAAGGCUAGCAUUAAUGCCAAGCAUCAGCUGCCUUCAAGAACUCAAGCACUCGAUGCAGCAACAAAAGCAUUUUCUUAUACAGAUACUUGUGGGAAGAUAGAUGAGGAUCAUGUGGCCGACUUCUUGGGUAGGAAGCAACAACGGCACUUUCCAAGGAGCUCCCAGAAUGUGGAAUCGAGGGAGCCGAUGCUGGAGAUGGAGGGCUUGUUAACUAAAAAACUCGAAAACAAGCCUCAAAAUGGUCCAAUCCGCAAUGCGAGAGAAGGUGCCACCCCAUCUAUGCCUGAAUUCAGGAGGAGCAGGUCCACCCCUCGGGGAAAAUUUCCUGGUGUUUCUUGAGAGCUGGGAAAACAAACGGACACGAGUGAUAUGGUCUUUUCCCAAGGGUAUACUGUACAGUGAAUGCAAGCCUUCGAGUUGCAAGUGACACACAUCAUUCCGAAGAUUCGAUGAUUUCAUACUAAAUUUUAGCAGACGUUAAUUCCUUAAUUACUUGUAUAGUUCAGGAGUAUUUGUUUUCUUUUGCUUUGGGUUGCGGAUGGUCGGGUCUGUUUUCAAGCUGCUUCGUGCUGACAAGCCAAAUAGGAACCUGCUAUGUAUUGAACAAACUUAUGUGAUUUCUAUAUCGAGAAAAAACGGUUUUGUUAUAGUAAACAUUUGUGUGCAGUUCCAAA